UAUAAGCAAAUUGUAGCUUAUGGUGUUUAGCGUAUAAAAGGCGAAAGUACAUAUUAUACCGUCUUCAUAGUUUCACGGUUUGCGGAAAGUUAACCAUUUCUUUAACAGGUGAUCCAUAUAGUAAUUGAUCGUGGUUAAUAUCUAUAAAAAAAAAAAAAACGGACAAUGGCUUCAAAAGAAACAAUCGAAUUCUCGAAAGAUUUUUUGCUUGGAACAGCAUCCAGUGCAUAUCAAAUAGAAGGAGGAUGGGAUGCUGAUGGCAAGUCUCCCAACAUUUGGGACGACUAUUUCCACAACAAAAUCACCAAGCUUGAGAAACCCUUAAUUACCAGAACAGCUGGAAAUAAGAAAUCUGCCGUUUUCGGAACGAACUUUGCUGAUAAAAACAGUUCCAAACCGACGUACAUCGUCAACGGAGACAUCGCGUGCGAUUCCUACCACAAGGUCGACGAAGACGUUAAGAAUUUAGUCAAACUCGGAGUGGACUUCUACAGGUUCUCCAUAAGCUGGGCGAGAGUAUUGCCCCAAGGAGAUGAUCGAUCACCUAAUGUAAAAGGAAUAGAAUAUUACAAAACGUUGAUUGACAAGCUUGUAGAAAACAAUAUUCAACCAGUGGUAGUAAUGUACCACUGGGAUCUUCCAUCAUACAUCCAAGCUUUUGGUGGUUGGGCGAACCCAAACAUAGUCACCUACUUUGAAAACUACGCAAACUUUUUAUACAAAACAUACGGUGACAAGGUGAAAUGGUGGACCACGAUAAACGAGCCCAGAUUCAUCGUCCAAGCUUACUCCAUGGACGAAGGCAAGGCACCGGCCCUCGGUUCCCAGUUCAGCGGCAUCACCGAUUACAUGGCCGUACGUAACAUAGUGCUCUCUCAUGCGGCCGCGUACAGGAUCUACGAAAAGUUUUACAAGAAGAAGCAGAAAGGCGAGGUCAGUAUAUGUUUGGACACCACGGCGUACUUACCGGAAGAUCCCAACAACAAAGAUCAUCAAGAGGCCGUCAAGAAAGCAUACGAUUACAACCUCGGAAUUUUCACUCAGCCGUUGAUUAAUGGUGAAUUCCCGAAAAGGGUUACCGAUGCCAUAAAGAAAGUGAACGAACGCGAGAAAAUAAACAUUGAACGUCUCAUUCCGUUUACGGAGGAAGAAAAGAAAAUCAUUAAAGGAUCGUUUGAUUUCAUAUGCUUCAAUUAUUAUUUCUCCAUGAUAUUAAAACCAAUGGACGAAGAACUAUACAAUAAUACGACAGAACUGCAGAAAAAGGACAUCGGAUUGGCGGGCAUAUUGAACGAAGAUAGCUUUAGCGAUACAUAUAGGGGUUUCACUCAGGUGAUCAACUGGUUUGUUCAAAAUUGUAACAACCCUAAGUUGUUUAUAACUGAAAAUGGUCGAUAUGAGGGACCUGACAAAGAUGAUUCUGAAUUAAAAAAAAUAUAUCAUCGAGGCAUUUUAACGGAACUCGACAAAGCCUUGAAGAAUGGUGUUAAUAUUAUUGGAUACGGCGUUUGGUCGUUUAUGGAUUCAUUGGAAUGGGAGAUUGGAUACUACCAAAAAUUCUAUGGUAUAUAUGGUGUGGACUACAGCAAAAAGGAUAAACCUCGUUUUGAAAAGAACUCUUUUAAUUUCUUUUUAACAUUGUUCAAAGAAAGAAGAGUAGACGCUCUUGCUUACGAAUAAUAUUAGUACAUUAUUUCGUAGGAUCAACUAUAAUAUUAUUGUGAACAUGAUUAUGGCAGUAGACACAAUUUUAGUUCAAUAUCGACCACUAAUGAAACAUAAACAAAAAUAAAUGUUUGUCAAACUGGACCAUUCAACGUGUGACCAUUUUACAACCAACGUAAAUUGACGAAUACUUUGAAGGGUAUAACUCUUUCAGUUGUUCAAAUACAAAUUCCAUAUCCGAGUAAAUAUUUUAUGCUUAAAUUGCAAUUUUAUUUGAGUGUAAAUAUAUAAAAAAAAUAAA